UUCGCGUUCCAUCCAAGCAAGACAACAACAGGUUAUAGCGUUCGCAUACCAGUUCUUCACUCGACGCCGUCGUGAUCACAACUGACGGAGGAGCUCUGAGCGGAGUAUCUGAUCGGUCGAGCCUGGUUUGUUAUCAGUGAAAAGUUUGGUGCGGCUGCGCGAUUCCUUAUCGCUUCCCACCGGUUGUCUGAAUAAAAAGCUACCUUUAAAUGCAUCUCUGUGGAUAAAUCGUGGAAGAAAAAUCUCUGUGCUCUCGCCUUGUGUUGAUUGAAAUUUUCCCGCCUUCGGAUACUUUUGAGAGGAAUAUUCUUUGUUUUUUUUUGCUUAUCUAACCUGACGCCCGCAUAUAUUGCAUCGCACCUGCGGUACAAAUAUGUUCUGAUCGAGGACUAUAGUGACACUCAUCUAUUUCCAACUUAGAAUCCUACUGUUGUAAGUGGAAGUGAAAAUAUUUUGUGCUCGAAUUCAUCUUCCCAUGCAUUAUAGCUGAAGAUGUUGGUCCUUACCUAGGUCCGACUUAGUCAAGAGGACUUAUAAACUAAUCGACUCAGAUCAUCUCGAUAGCUGUUCUAGUAUGUCUUUAUCCAAUCCAUUCACUCCCGCAAACAUGAAAAACAAGUGGAGUAAAUUGUGGAACAAACGUUCAGUUACAAUCACAGAAUACGAUCCCACGUAUAAAGUGACUUAUUUAGGUAACGUUAUAACCCAAUAUGCCAAAGGAGAUGGUUGUGUGGACAAGCCUUUGGCGACCCUCUGGAAAAAUUACUGUGCCAAUGUAAAACACGAGAUUACCAUGAAACUCACCAUCACUAACUCUGGACUGAAAGCCACUACAAAAGAACAUGGACUUACAGAGUACUGGGCCAAUAGAAUAACAUUUUGUGCUGCACCUCCGCAAUAUCCGAAAGUGUUCUGUUGGAUAUACAGGCAUGAGGGACGCAGGAUGAAACAGGAACUCAGGUGCCACGCUGUUCUAUGUGACAAGGAAGACAAGGCCAAGACCAUGGCAAGCCAGCUGAACCAAAGGUUGACCCUUGCAUUGCAGGAGUUCAGGAGAGAGAAACUCAGCCGCCAAAAAGCCAGACUGUCCCUCGCCAAUUCCUGCUAUGACAAUCCCACCAUACCUCGUCGCAAAUUAUUGCUGAGCACGGGAUCCACCAACUUCAGGCCUCCGUUGGAAAGGUCCAAAAGUGCCCCCAAACUGACAGCCAUUGAUGAAAUCGAAGAAGAGGAAGAACCUCUAGGUCUUGUUGACGACGAUGAAUUCGAUGAUGAAUUCCUGACAGGAUCCGUGAUAUCUGAAAUCGAAUCUUCGUCUGACAUCGUUCCAGAUGAUGUGGACUCUUUAUCUGACCACUAUCUUAUCCACAGUCAGGAGACGGACUCUUUCGAUUCGGACUGUAUGGACGAUAUACCAAAUCCACGACGUCGAAAAUCAUCUUUGAAACUCAUAGAUGAAACUGUGGACGAAGAAGACAAUGUAUCGGACGAAUCGGGUUAUUCUGAAGAAAAACUGUCUUACAAGGAUGACAGCAUAGCUUCGUAUAAAAUGUGACAAAGCGAAAGAUAUCGCUUAGCAGGUAAAUAAUGACUUUAAAUCGAGACACACAUUAAACCAAUGUUCUGUGAAUGCUAUUUUCAUGUACUGGUCAAUCAACUUCUGUUUGCAAAAUAUUGUUCCUUUUUUUUGUGAAGAAUGCUACAUUGCUUUUUUUUAUUUUAACACAUUAUGCUGUUUUAGAUUCAGCUGUAAAUUUUUAAUUUAGGUUUAUAUUAGAAUUUCAUUUGCCUAUAUUAUUUAAUAUCUUUCUGAACAUAUAUGCCAUUUAUAACAUUUGAAAAUUAUUAUAUAAAAUUUUGCUAUUAUUACUGAAUGUUGCAUUUUCUGUGAUGAGAUUUUGUAAGAAUAAGAAAUUAUAAAAAUAGUUAGUGAUUUAUUUUUAAAAGUCUGCUUAAGUUUCUUUUUUUUCUGAAACUUAUUUUAAAUUCUUUUUUUAAGUUUAAAAGAUUACAAUUAAUUCUUGCAUUUUCCAAAAUGUAUGCUGAAGUGAUAUCGUGCCAUAUAGUUAAUUUUGAUUAUGUUUGAAUUGUUCAGCAAGAAUUUUUCUGUGAAAUCUAGGCCAAGAACUGAAGGAUGAAAAAUAUUCUGUUAUUAGGCCUUAAAGUUUCACAAAUUAUUUAAUGAUUUAAGAUUCUGUCAAUUUUUUUAACAUUGUAUAACGAUAAUAAUAUGAUAAUUCUGUUUUCUAUUUUCUCCUUAACAAAAUUUUCUGUGACAUAAAAAGAAAUUUAAUUAUUUUCUUAUCUAUUGUACACUUAAAAAUUCUAUUUCAUUUAUACUAACUAGUUUAAAUGAAAUAUCUUUUAAACUUAACAGUAAUUAAUAUCUCUCAAAUUUAAUUACUGACUAAUUUUUUCAUUUAUUAUUUUAGUUGGAAAGUAAUAAGACUAAUUGAAACAAAACUUAUUUAUAUCAAAAUACCGAAAUAUAUUUUAAAAUUAAUUUCUUGCAUUACUUAAGAUUAUGUAAUAUUUGUCAUAGAUGAUGAAAUUCUUAAAAUUUAAUACUUACUAACAAACAUAUCAUAUCGUGUUCUUUUUAACAUUUGUGUUUUAUAUCUUUGAAAAAAGAAUUGAGUAUCGAGGAUAUUUCUUCAAGUUCUGUGUAAUUAGAAUUUUCCAUAGAAAAAUACAGAAUUUGAGUCAACAUUAAAUCACAAAAUUUUCUGAAUUGUUGACAAAAACAGCUAAGCAUGCUGAUUCGAAGUAUCAGGUAGUCAGUAUGCUUCCUGAUAUCAUUGGUGUUCUGUUUUAAUACUGCAUUUCAUUGUUUUAUGUGUGUAUGACAAUUACCUCAUGUAUCUAACUAAGGUCUUGCAUUAUUUCUCUGUAUUAUAUACUCAUCAAUCACCAAAAAAUCCAUCAAUAAAUUAUAUAGUACUUUUUUACUUUUAAAA